UUGAGCACGCCCGUUUGCAUCACUUUUGUCCUCCCUCUGCUCUCGAAUAAAUAGAGACUCGCUCGAAUCGCUCGGUCCCGAUUCACUAAAACCCUUCGAGGAGAGGCCGCUUCAUCUGUAGUUCAUACAUAGUGCUGCUCGCCUUCAGACCAAUCAACAUGACACAUCAGUUUCCAGCUCUCUCUACGGAGCAGAAGAAGGAGCUUUCCACAAUUGCCCAGCGCAUUGUGGCUACUGGAAAAGGCAUUCUGGCUGCAGAUGAGUCCACAGGCAGCAUGGCAAAGCAUUUUCAGAAGAUAAACGUGGAGAACACUGAAGAGAACCGUCGCAGCUUUCGCGACAUACUCUUCUCUGUAGACAAUUCAGUCUCUGAAUAUAUUGGUGGUGUCAUCCUUUUCCAUGAAACACUGUACCAGAAAUCAAACCAGGGAGUUCCAUUUCCAAAAGUCAUCAAGGACAAGGGCAUCGUAGUUGGUAUCAAGGUGGACAAAGGCACAGCAGGACUGGCUGGUACCGAUGGAGAGACAACCACACAGGGAUUGGACGGUCUGUCUGAACGCUGUGCCCAAUACAAAAAGGAUGGCUGUGACUUUGCCAAGUGGCGUUGUGUGCUUAAGAUCUCUGACAGCUGCCCCUCUGCUCUUGCAAUUGCUGAAAACGCCAAUGUUCUUGCCAGAUAUGCCAGCAUUUGCCAACAGAAUGGCCUAGUGCCUAUUGUAGAGCCUGAGAUCCUCCCAGACGGAGACCAUGAUCUGCAACGGUGCCAGUAUGCCACUGAGAAGGUCCUGGCGGCUGUGUACAAGGCUCUCUCUGACCACCAUGUUUAUCUGGAGGGAACUCUGCUCAAACCAAACAUGGUCACCGCUGGACAAUCCUGUACUAAGAAGUACACCCCUCAGGAGGUUGCCAUGGCAACAGUCACUGCGCUCAGACGCACAGUGCCAGCUGCUGUACCGGGCAUCUGCUUCCUCUCUGGUGGUCAAAGUGAGGAGGAGGCCUCUCUGAAUCUGAACGCCAUGAACCAGCUUCCUCUGCACAGACCCUGGAAGCUGAGCUUCUCUUAUGGCCGUGCUCUCCAGGCCUCGGCUCUUGCUGCAUGGAAGGGACAAGCAGCAAACAAGAAUACCAAACAAAAAACCCUCCACACAAUUCCCAAGUCAAACAAUCAAAGUCUUGCAUCAAAAGGUGAAUACAAACCCUCAGGUCAGGCUGACCAAGCAUCUACACAGUCCCUCUUUACUGCCAGCUACGUCUACUAAGAUCAACAACAAACGACAGCAGCUUGUUCUGGACAGUACAAAAUUUACAGGCAAAGGAUAUUCCAGAUGACAUGUUUAUGUGUACACAUGUUAAUAGUACAAAUUAAAUAUGUUCAUGCAGUUCUAACAAAAAUGACUCAAGUAGAAA